AUGAAGGCUGCAGUAAAAAACAGUGGAAUGUCAUCAAUUCCAUGCUUUAUCCAUACUUUGCAGUUAUGUAUUCAUGACUCUAUAUUUACCCAGGAAACCAUCAAGGAAAUUUUAACUUUAUGGAGAGAAAUAACGACACAUUUUAAUCAUUCGUCAAUAGCAUGUGCAAAAUUAAAAUCAAUUCAGCAGCAGUUAAGUACUGUACCUCACAAAAUGAAACAACAUGUUCCAACUCGAUGGAACAGUUCAUUUGAAAUGCUACAAAGAACGAUUGAACAAAAAGUUCUUUUGGCCACCUAUGUAGCAGAAUAUGAUGAAAUUAAACUUCCUACAAAUUAUCAAUGGGGAAUAGUCGAAAAACUUGUUCACAUUCUUGCUCCAUUUAAAAACUUAACAAAAAAAUGUGGUAGGAGGGACGAAACUUGCGCACAAAUUAUACCAUCUGUUUUUCCAUUAAAAGUUUUAUUACAAAAAGCUUCAUCAAGUGAUAUAUACGCUGGGAUUAUGACAAUGAUUGAUGAGCUAAUAAAAUCUGUUACUAAAAGACUUGAUAAAUUUUUGCUUAAUAAAAUGUUGUAUGUAACUUCUAUGAGAACCGGAAGAAAGCAGAGUGAAAUAUGUUCCGAGGCAGAAAGAGAAUUAGUAGAUAUUGAAGUUGUUACCACUGACAUAAUUAAGAAGAAAAGAAUAUUAAGGUCUGCAAUAACUCAAGAAAUAGACAACUAUUUAUCUCUGCCUCUUUUAGAAAAUCAAAAUUGUCCGUUUUUGUGGUGGAGUAAAUGUGGAAUGCAAUUUGAAAAACUAAAAAAGAUGGCAUUAAAAUAUCUUACAGCACCUCCGUCAUCAAUAGAAAGCGAAAGGUUAAUUAGUGCUGGCGGGGACAUAUACGAAGCAACAAGGAGCAUACUAAAAGCAGAUAACGCAGAAUACCUAAUGUACAUGAUUACUGUUUUUGCAUAG